AAACGGUUUCUAAUAGUCAACAACAAAAUAUUUUAACUUUUAAAAAGUUACAAAGAAAAUAUUUAAAGUUAAACAUUGAAUGAGAGGUCGGGUUACAGUUCAAUUCGAUCAUCAUCCUGGAUGUUGUUUCAUAAUAUGAAUUCGGCAACCUUGAACUUAAGUUUUUCCAGGGGGUUAUUUAUGUAACAAAAAACAUCUCGUGACUAUCCGUCACGUGACUAGGCAAGAACGCUCGCAGCAUAAAAUACAGACUUACAGACGUUGGUUCUUUACUCUACUCUACUGAUCCAGCCUUUUUGGAGCAAUACAAAUUGUGUAUUUUUGCCGAUCUGAUAUUAUUUAUAAUUUAUCAAGGUAGGAGUACAACCAAAAAAGAUUAAAACAGCUAUACGGUAGUUAAAGUCCUCAUAGUCAUAGUUUUGUCAAUAAUUUUAUAUCUGGUCAUUCAUUGACCACAAAGACACUACUGUCACUACUACUGCCCUACCAACGGCUUAAACUUUAACGUUGUUAGUAAGGUCGGACAAGUUACACAGUUAAUGUUUUUUUGGUUUAGUGGGGGAAAAUAAUCAGAAUCAGCUGAAUGAAAAAAAAAUCAAAAUAAAGCAGAUCUGAUAGAAGGGCAACAACGUCUAGCCUAGCAUUAAUAAAGUAUUUGGUAGCCUGGUAGUAUUUUAAAAUUGAAAUUCUGAACACUGCCCUUAAAUUUAAUUAACUUAUACUUAUCAUAAAUUUUAUUUUAAUUUUUGUAAAAUUGGCUUGUACUUGACUUUUAAUCAUGAGAUCAUUUAAUGAUUCAUGAUCUAUAGAUAGGCCUACUUUGACAGAAAUGUUCAUUAUUGUCAUAUUAUAUUGCCAUUGCCAUAAAUUUUAUUGAUUGUUUAAAAUAUUUUCAUAAAAACUCUAGUUUCAUUUACUUGACAUGAAAUAAUAUUGGGAUGUAUAAUAAAUACUGGUAUCUCUUUCCACUUCCUUUUUAAUGUCUCUGCAUGACCAAAUCAAUGGCAUAGAUUUUAAGCUAACUGUCCUUUCUUGUGAGAUGCAUUUAUGAUGGUCAAUAAGGAAAAAGUUGCCUCACUGAAGUCACAAAAUAAUAAAUUUAAUACAUAAUAUAGAGUUUUAAAAUUUAACAUUAUACAGCUAUUUGCAAUCAAUCCAUUAACGCCAUAAAUAAAUGAUAUAUCAUUUUGAAGUAUUUUUAAAUUUAAAAUUUAAAGGGUUACAGUUUUAAGUAUAAGCUUUGCCGCCCUUUGCAAAAAAAAAACAAUUUAAUUUCAUCUUUCUAGUGUUUAUAGAAACGAAGUUAUGCUUUUUUGUGGGAAUUUUGUAGACCCUCUUAUUAAAAAAUGUAUCUUUGUAUUUAACUAUGAAAAUUUGUGACAGAAUUUCCAAAUUUCUGCCUUAUUUUGCCCACAACUUUAUUUUAAAAGAUAAAGCUACCAAAUUUUCAGGAGACAUUCUCAAUGCAAUAUACAACACAGUGAACAAUAAUGCUUUUACAUAACAUCAAUACUUGGUAUUUUGGAUAAUUUUAUUUGCGGUUAUGUUAAGAAAAAAUGAAUAGAAAAAUUGGAAAAAUCAUUAUUUAUGAAGGAAAAAAUGAAAAAAUAGCAUGUCUAUUGAAUUUAAACUAAUUUUAUUAAGCUAGUGUUAAAUUUUAAAUCGAUAUAAUUAUUAUAUUUAUAAAAAGGUAGUCUUUUUGUAUGUAUAAAAUUGAACGCAUGUAAUUAUAAAUAAUUACUCAAAUAAAAUCAUCCAUAAAUUAUAAGACUAAUCCAUUUAAAAGGUAAUGGGGAUGUUCUGUCUGUCAUUUUCUACUUCUCUUCAAACUAUACCCAAGCUCAUACUUCUUGGAAACUAGUUGUAAUCACAUCUUUCAAAAUAUAUAAAUAUUGUCAUCAUUCUGAGUAAAAUUUAAUUACAAAUAGGUUUAUUACAAAUGUUUUUAAUUCUUACAGAAACACUAAAUCAACAAUGAUAACUGUCACAUCUGCUGUAUUAGUGCUGUGCUCAUUUGUAGCACUUAGCAGUGCUGUUUGCACACCUGACCAAUGGGAAGGUACAGAAGCCUCAAUUGGAGGUUGGGCUACUCACAAACGCAAUGGACUUCUGAAGGUCCAUUUUUUAUUUCUUUAAUUUAAUAUUUAAAAAGCACAACUUAAUAUGGGGUAAAUUCAGACCAACUUAUACUAGCCAUAUUUUUAAUGAAAUUGCAACAAACAAUGAAUGACAAGUCUUAGGGAUUUAAUACCUAUUAAUGGGAAUUCACCAAUGGCUAAUUUUUCUUCACACUUCACAUAACACUUGCUGGUGAAUCAAUUUUUGUUUGUAGAUAGUUUUUUUUUUAAACCUGGUUUUAAAGAGUAGAAUUUUGGUUUUCAGGAAUACGUUCGAGUUGCUUAUGAUUUUACCAACAAGCGUUCAGCUGCUUUCCUUGAGUACAGAAAUGGUGAAUACUCAAACAAAUUCAGGAUUGUCAUCAAAUACGAAGGAGAAGUAAGUAAUUUAUUUCCUAUACUAAUAUAUUUAGUAUAUUCAGCCAGUUAGUUCUCAGCCAAUAUAAAUCCAUUUCUCCCUGAUGUGAUUAAAAUAGUUCAUAUGCUCCGUUUAAUUUUUUAUUUUUAAGUGUUGAUUUUUAUUUUUAUUUUAAAGAGACAAAUAAGAUAAUAAAAUUCUUUUAUCUUUCUAUUUUAUUGUGGUAGCUGAAAUCCUGGAAACUUAACAUUAUCAGUGUAUUCAAAAAGUAAUUGCUGCCAUCCAAAUUUUUGUGUGAACCUAAAAAAUUUCUAGUACUAUAUCAUUAAUUUUACUUUUUGAAAUUAAAAUAUGAUUUAAAUUCACUUGUGACAUCUGUCACAUUACACUUUAUUAACAGGUGGGUAACUUGUAUGUUGUGGACUUGAAGAAAGAUAAAUGCUGGACUAAGAAACUGGAUCGUCCCUUCCGUCAGGCCUGCAUCCCUGGUGAGUCAACUUUAAAUGUGAAAUAGAUAUAAUCCUUUUUCAAAAUAAAAAUUGCAGGAAUGUUGCUGGGGGUGUCUUGGUCACAUCUUUGGAAUGUCACAAAGCUCACCUCCCAGAGCAGCACUCAGAUGGGCAACCCAGGAAAAUCAACCCGCUGAAAAUCCACUGAAGCGACCAAUAGACAGAAGGGGUGUUCCUUGGACCUUGCCUGAGGCACCUCUCAUUUGAAUGGGCUUAUUGAAAUAUCAUUUUUAAAUGUACUUUACUCAAUCUUUUUUUUGCUUUGAGUGGUGCAAAUUUUAUAUGAUCCUACCUUGGUUUGGGGGGGGGGGGGGGGGCUGCAGCUUUAAUGUAACAGUUUUGUAAUAAUUCAGACACAAAUAUGUUGCAUUCUCAGAGAAAGCCAAGGCUGUAGGUGACUACUACAUGGGUCUGAAGGGUGGCUUCAAGGUUUCAGGCUUUGCCCUAGAGGGUGAACGCGUCAGUGCCUUUGUCUCAGUGCAGUUGAUCGACAACAACCAGUUUGUGCCUGUCGGAGAAGCCGUCUAUGGAAAACUUCGUAAAGGUAUUUAUUCCUAUGGCGGGUAGGGGGUGGAGCUAUUUGAUUAGAAUUGGAGAUGGCUUUCAUUGCAACUAGUCUGGUCAGUCAACUUAAUAUUGGAGGUGGCUUUCCUUGCAACUAGACCAGACACAUCUAGUCAGUAAUCGUUAAAUUGGAGAUGGCUUUCAUUGCAACUAGACCAGACAUAUCUGGGUCAGUAAUCUUAAAAUUGGAGGUGGCUUUUAUUGCAACUAGACCAGACACAUCUGGUCAGAAAUCUUAAUAUUGGAAUUGGCUGGUAUUAUAAUAGAUGGGCCAUGUCUGGUAAAUAAUCUAUUUUGCAUCUUUUACUGGUUUUUUGCAUAAAAUUAUAAUAUGCCUGAGAAAGGUGGAAAUAGAAAUCAAGGUAUGAAUGGUUUAAACAUACAGUGGUUUAUCUUCAUUAAAAAAUUACCUUCAAUACAAAGCAAAUGUAAAUAAAUCCAUUUUGACCAUAAGUUGCUGAUUAAUAAUUUAUUAAAAAUCAAUCUUUCUUCCAGUAAGUAAUAAAAAAAAAUUAAUGAUGAUUGUAGAGAAAAGAUGAAAUUUUAAUUAAAAUAAAUCUACAUUAGGACCAGUUACAACUAUAAAUUCUUCAAUCUCCAUUGAACUCAGUGGUCUGACCAAUCAGAUCUAUGAACAUAGUCUUCAUCAUCAUCUCCUGGCCCAUCUUGGAUAUCAAGAUGUUGAACUAGUUCAAUGUAUUUCCAUUAUCUAUUUCUGUAUCAAAUUCAUCUCUGUCAACACUAACAGCUGACGUGCUUGCAGUUUAAAGGGGCAUUUGGGUCGGAAAGCUGCAACGUGAUUGAAAGGGCUAAUGCUAUUUAGAUUACCCUUUAUUUGGUUAUAUAUUCCGGAUCUUAAGUAUUGAUUGCACUUGUAAAUGCAGUAGACUUCAACAUUUCCUUCUGCUUUAGUUUUAUUUUAGUUCCUGGUCCUGUCACCAUCAUAAAGAAUGCAUUCAUGCUAAAGUUAAAGAUUGUUACCUUAGCAUAAUUUUUUAAGAGUGUUGUCUAAUUUUAUGGCAUAUAGGCUUCCUGUUGUGUGAUACCCUUAUUUUGUGGCAGGUUAUCUUCUCUCUCAUGACCUGGCUGUAACAACUUAAUAAUCUCUACUGUGUUGUUUCCUCAUUGUAAACUCAGACCAAAUGUAACUCUUUGCCUGUGCUUUGGUAUGGAGUUAAAGAUAACAUUUAUUUCCUACCACACCUACUUUUGUGCGUCUAUGGAUAGAAUAGGACAGUUUGUCUUUUUAUUGCCCACCAAUUUGAUGACAAUUGUCUUCCAAAUUUAGUGGUUGGUUUUGUUUUCUUAGAAGUAUUUACCACCUCCCCAAUAUUGUUUGGCUUAGUCACACUUACUUGUGGUUUGGAAAGCAAUUAACUCUUUCGAUGCGGAACAACGCACACUGUGUUCUUCCGCCAUUCUCAAAAGCACGGACCUACGCCCUGUGCCUGUUUCAAUAUCAUGCUUGUUUCUUUGCUAUUUCUUGGUUAAACUUUUUAAGAGCUAUAUUUAAAUAAGACUUUUACAUAGAAGAGUGGUACUUCAUUGUUUUUAAGUGAAACCAAGGUUUAUUUGUUGUCAUUUGAAGGGUAAUAAGGGGAGAGACUGCAAUCAGGUUAGCACAAUGUAAAAUGAAUAAAACAGUAGGGUUAAACCUGAAAAAGAAAAGAGUUUAACCCUACUCUGUUUUAUUCAUUUGUCAUUUGAAGCAUUAUUUUGAUGAUAUUCUGCGCGUUUUUUUUUUCUACUGUUGCUAUGGCUGCCCUAAGCCCUAGUAGGUGAGUUUCCUAGACGAUUAACAGUUUAAAAAGCUUUGGAAUUGUUUUAUGCUAUUUCUUUUGAUAGUGAAGAUGAUUUAUAUUUAGAUGCAUCGCAUUAUGCCGAUAGUUUUAGAGGAAUUGAGUUAUAGAAGUGAAGAUGAGGUAUGCGUAAAUCAUAGGGUUUGGGGGAAAAUGGUUUAGCAUAAAACGUUUUCACAUUUUAUGGUUCUUUUCUGUAACUUAUUUUAUUUAAAGUGAAGAAAUAAGUGUACGAACAUAUAGUCCUUUCAAUUACCUUUCAUUUGAUACCAAGUUUAGUCUAAUAAACCAAAUAAUAUUUUUAAUAUUUUCUAAUAAACCCAACCUAUCACUCUUUUUCUGCUCUUCGAAAAAAAUGUAAAUUUUUUUAAUUAAAAAAUUCCGCAGCGAAAGAGUUAAGAAACUUAGAAAGUAUAAUUUACUUAAGAAACACUGAUCCCAUGCUUGUCCUGUGUACAUAUGUUUCUAUACCUAGAAGCUUUACAAGUGAUAAUGAUUUAUUUCCAGUUGACUUUGUACAGAAUGUUGGCUUCAUUGACAUAACUCCAGGAAUUCAAAAUGCUACUGUUUUUGAUGUGCCCAAAGAGUGUGAGAAGGUAAUAUUUUUUUUGUUGACAUUUUUCAGAGCAACUUAAACAUUAAUAAAAUGUUGUCAGGGAAUUAUUUUUGAAGGCACUCAACGUUCUUUUACUGCCCCUCUUUCAAGGCCUCUCUUUCAUUCAUCUGAUAGUUAGUCUUGUCGUUAAGCGCUAAUCCCAUUUUGUUUAUUGGUUCUGAAAGCAGUUUUUAGUUUUUGGCUUUUGUAUAGCAAUAUUAAUAGUUAAAUAACUUUUGUCCUGUUUAAAACCAAAACUGUAAAGAUAAGAUGAGAUUCUUUUAUGGAUCCAAAGAAAUGGAUAUCUUCUUUGAUUACAUUUUACAUAUUUAUUUUCAGCACAUAAAUAUGCAUAUUUUUAAGAAAACAAUAUUCGACAAUUGUAAGAAUUUAAAGACGAGACAUCUAAAGUAUUUCUCCAGCGUAGAAACCAGCCCUUCGUGGCAAUAAUGACUUAAUCAGUGAUCAUUUAGAUUUGGUGGCAGCUUAAUUAAAGCGUAAUUAUUUGCAACAUAAAAGCAGUUUUAACCCUUCGAACCCUCGGCUCCUGGUCCGAAAAUAUUCAUAUUCCUGGGUAAAAAUUUUACAAACUGACACACAAGCAAACAAAAUCAAAUGAUUAUAGAAUUAAAUAAAUUUUAUUUUUUUCAAUCUUGUCUGUUUUUAGUCCAUAAAUAUUAUAAAAUAUUAUAACAGGGAUAAAAUUGUCUUAGAAAUGGUGUAAAGUAGCAUAGUAAGAGGUCAUUUAUGCGACCUUGAUAAAAUCAGGGCUGGGACAAGGGGUAGACCUUGUGUUUAUUUUAUUGCAAAAGCACACAUUGAUAGCACUAAGACUAGAAGUUGAAGUCAAUCGAUUAUCAUCACUAUAAUUAUUUAUUUGCUUUAUUUCAAUCCUAUUUCAAAACAUGAUAAUAAUCCUUUGAAUUAUUUACAUUAUCAUAAAUCUGCUCUGGUUUGGGUCCUUGGGAAUAGCAAUUUUUUGUAUUUUUGCCACCUCUAUACAACAAAAAAUAUAACAGAAACAAUGCAUUCAUAGGCUUAGCCAUUGCUGUGACCUUUCGCAAGUCACAUGGUAAACCCUGAACUCAGUAUUUACAACACGUUUUAUAUACGGACUGUAGGGUAUGGCGGACCAAAAUACCAGUCUGGCGGGGUGUGGAUUCUUAAGACGCGGACGCAGAUCGAUAAAGCGGGUUAAAGGGUUAAAGUUAUUUUUUUCAAUUGAAAUACUUUCAUUAAAAUAUGGAGUAACAUUGACCCAUUUCCAAUGAAAUGUUUCUGGUCAUGGCUUAUCUGUAGAGAAGUGGCUAAUAUACCUCUAUGAUUCUUAUAAUCAGUGUUUGCGCAGUUUGUUUAGCACAUAUCUGCUAUGAAGGCCAAUAACAACUAUAAUACAGUAGGUUUAAAUUAAGUGUCUCUAACGCAGAUAAUGGGUUUUCCUAAGAAUGACGUCUGCUUGUAGUUGAAUUUUAAAAAAAAAAUUUUAUCUCUACAGAAAGAUGAUUUCACCCUGGCUGAAGAGCUCACCCGUGAUCACUAUAUUCUUGCCAUCUAAGCCGAACAUUUUCUGUUUUAUUUUUUUUUUGUUGGUUACAUUUUUUUAAAAACCUUUUUAGUGUUAUGUUUUUGUGGGGGUUAUGUUUUUGUGGGGAGGUUUUUUUAUGUCCGUGCUAACAACGUAAUGCUGAUAAUCAGUGAAAUAUGGGGAACAGAUGGCUUCAAGAAAGAGAUCCCCAAAAAUUGCCAUUAUUACAUAAUUUAGAUGUAGAGGAAGGUGUCGGUAGGAAGAUCUCAUCAAAAUAGAACAAAACUCUGCAAGAUGUGCACAUCAGCGUGGAGUCAAAGUGCCUCAUGGAUAUUUUUGUAAGAAGCUUUUUUUUUUUUUUUAAUGUUACAGCAGCCAAAAUUAUUUAAUUAAUUCCAAUACUUCUGUGAUUUAUAUUUUUUUAAUCUUUCUACCACCGAAGGGCAUUUGAACAUUGUCCUGGGCCGGUACUCCCGUGUGAAGAUGUUAUCUGUGUAAGUCAGUGUGUACUAAUCCCUCUUUUGUGAUGCAACCUCCUUGUUUGUUCUACAGCCUUUUUGUUUUUUGUUUUUUUUUAAUAUAUGUACCGCAAUCCUUUUCCAAUCUCAAAUGCUGAUUGAAGAAAUUAGUACAAUGCUUGUGUUUCUAUUUUCUGUGUGUUUAUUAUUUCAAAGAUUCUGCUUUAAAAAAAAAUAUUUUUUUGGGGGGUUAUUUGUUGAAGAUCCAGAUCAAAAAUCUUUUUUACAGAAUCUCAACAAACUUUACUUCAUUUAGAGCAAUGUUGAAUCUCAAAAAGAAAAACCAAGUUGUUGUUUUUUUGCAGGUCUGAAAGGGUUAAUGUUGAACUGAUCAAAACAUGUGUUUAAAAGGGUAAACAACUAGUAGAUCAGAUUUAUUUUAAAAGGGUCUCUGUCUUGAAAUUCUUUCAACAUUUGUACAAAUAAUCACAUGGAAUAAACAAUUUGUAUUUGCAAUAAAAUUUAGUUUGUUGAAUGAGCUGAAUGAUUUAACAUUUGUAUUUUCAAGGUAAUUUAGUUGAAUGAAUAUUUGUACUUUUUUAGGCUGCUACUGCUAGUACACACUUUAACAGCACUGCUUUGUAUGCAAAUAUCAAAUGAAAUAAACAAACCUUGAUUUCAACAAAAA